AUGGCUUGUGACCAAGACGGGCCUUGGGCAGACAGCGAGCUGUACAAGACGGCGGCAGUCUCAAUGUCAGUGGCGCUGAGGCAAGCGAUGUGGGGGAGAAGGGCAGCAGUUUUAGCUGCCAUUUCCGUUUCCAGGGUUUCAACCAGGUUCCUGGGUACUUCCGCAUGGAGGUUGGCACAGAACCAAAUUCAAGACACACAGCUCAUCACAGUUGAUGAAAAAUUGGAUAUCACAACUUUAACUGGUGUUCCAGAAGAGCAUAUCAAAACUAGAAGAGUUAGGAUCUUUGUUCCUGCUCGUAAUAACAUGCAGUCUGGAGUAAACAGCACAAAGAAAUGGAAGAUGGAGUUUGAUACCAGAGAGCGAUGGGAAAAUCCUUUGAUGGGUUGGGCAUCAUCAGCUGAUCCUUUGUCCAACAUGGUGCUGACCUUCAGUACUAAAGAAGAUGCAGUUUCCUUUGCACAAAAAAAUGGAUGGAGCUAUGACAUUGAAGAGAGGAUGGCUCCAAAACCGAAGUCCAAGUCUUAUGCAACUAAUUUUUCUUGGAACAAAAGAACAAGGGUAUCCACAAAAUAGGUUGGCACUGACUAUAUCUCUGUGCUUGACUGUAAAUGAAGUCAGCUGUGCAGUAUUUAUAGUCCUUGUAUAAUAUAUCUCUUAAUCUCCUAAUAAAUUUGACCUUUAAACUACAGAUACAUUUUGCUGUGUCUACUUAAAAUGUUUUUUGAUGUCUCAAAUUGAACAUGUUACAAAUUUCUUACAUAUAGAAGAGAUUUGAGGUGAUUAAUACCUCUAGGAAAUUUUGGUAAUUAGAAUCUGGUAAAAGGAGUGUUUGA